GAGGAAGCAACCAUGCAGGUGCUAACCAAGCGCUACCCUAAGAACUGCCUGCUGACUGUUAUGGACCGGUACUCGGCUGUGGUGCAUAACAUGGAGCAGGUGGUUAUGCUCCCCAGCCUUCUGCGGGAUGUGCAGCUGAGUGUGCCUGGGCGCCAGGCCCGGGCUGGGGCGCCUGAUCUCUACAACUACUUCACCAUGCUCAAGGCCAUCUGUGUGGAUGUGGAUCACGGGCUGCUGCCCCGGGAGGAGUGGCAGGUCAAGAUGGCAGGCGGUGAAACCGACGAGGCUGAAAAUGAAGCUGCAGAGACAGAGGAGCCUGAGGAUGAGGUCUUGGGGCAGCUGGACCUGGAAGCCCAGUUCCACUUGCACUUCUCCAGCCUUCAUCGCAUCCUCACCCACCUUACUUUGAAAGCUGAGGAGGUCACGAGGACAUACCAGGAGAUAAUGCGACAGGCCAAGUAGGCCUCAGACUCUAGGGAAGAUCCCUUUACAUGAUAGAAGGUAGACUCUGUGACGAAGACAUGGAGCAGUUUGCUAGCCCUGAUGAGACCAGAAAGACCUGGAUCUGCAGCUGAAAGUGAGGCGACUCAGUUCUCCGGGAUGCUUCUCUACCUCCUUCUGAGCACUAACUUGUGAACUCAUCACUGGGUCACCUUUAGGAUGCUUGUUGCUGUUCGCAACUCCCCCUCACUCUUCUUUGACCAGCUUGGGGUGGUGGUCAGUGGUUCAUGAGGGCCAGUGUGGUAUGGUAGAAAAAGCAUAGCAUCUGACCAACCAAAGUUUACCUCCCCUCCCUUGGCAGUUGUUCAUUGUG